CGCCACUGCGCCUGCGCAGACGGAAGACAGCUGAUAACUCAUCUAUUAUGCUACUUCGCUAAAUAAAAAAAGCUCCAUUAAACCCGACUGCAGCCCGCAGGACGUCCCGGAGCAUCGAGCCCCGACGUGAAGACGCCUCUCCGCGCGGUACUGGAGGGUUACCGGAGGCCGAGGAGCGCGAGAGAAGCGGUAAAGGAGCGGAGGCCGUGCGGGCCGUGCGGGAUGGUGCGGGAUGCGGACUGGCCGCUCGGCGCCUUCAGACAAAGCUCAGCUAACAGGCUAACGGCUCAUUAGCUCGACUUAACGUUCUGCACGCAAGCGGCUCCGUGAGCGCGGCGAUCCUCCCGGUGAGCCGCCCGGUACCGAGCUAACGGGGAGAGCCCUCCCCCCAACACGCGCUCAGACGGCAACGAGACCGAGAUUCCGACUAUUUACGACGUUUCCGUGUUCGGUUGUGCGAUGGGAGUUUGUCUCCUCAGAGGAAACAUCAAGCUGAAGAAUCGACACCAGCUGAACUGAACACACACAGACCACAGAGGGAGUUGCUUUUUCACCUUGAGGUCAGACACUGCCAUUCCACAGUGCAUUGCUGCGUCACCCUCGUCCACCAUGUCGGACGCCCCCGAGGCUGCGCCCCCCAGCCCCCCCACCCUCACCAACCCGGCCCCCCCGGAGGUCACCAACGCCACCAAGCCUGGCAGGAAGACCAACCAGCUGCAGUACAUGCAGAACGUGGUGGUGAAGACCCUGUGGAAGCAUCAGUUCGCCUGGCCCUUCUACCUGCCGGUCGACGCCAUCAAACUCUGCCUGGCAGACUACCACAAGGUGAUCAAGAACCCGAUGGACAUGGGAACCAUCAAGAAACGUCUGGAGAACAACUACUACUGGAGCGCCAGUGAGGCCAUGCAGGACUUCAACACCAUGUUCACCAACUGUUACAUCUACAACAAGCCCACGGACGACAUCGUCCUCAUGGCUCAGGCGCUGGAGAAGAUCUUCCUGCAGAAGGUCUCUCAGAUGCCUCAAGAAGAAGUCGCUCUGCUGCCUCCAGCUCCCAAAGGCAAGAGCAAGAAGCCCGCCGCCGCUCCUACAGUGAGCCAGCAGGCGGAGUCCUCAGCCUCCCCUCCUCCCCCCUCCUACCCUUCCCCGUCCCCCUCUCAGACACCUGUCAUCUCGACCACGCCCACACCUGUCCAGACCACGCCCCCCGUCUCGGCUCUGCAGCCCCCGGCAACCAUGAUGCCGUCUGCACAGCCCGUCGUCAAGAAGAAAGGUGUGAAGAGGAAAGCCGACACCACCACCCCCACCACGUCGGCCAUCUCUGCCGGUCGCGCCGACUCUCCUUCCGCUCAAGACACCAAACCCCCCAAACUGGGCUCGUCCCGCCGUGAGGCCGCCGCCCGACCUGCCAAGACCCGCAGGGAGACGGUAGAGGAGGUGGCCGUGGUAGAGGUGGUAGGAGGAGGAGCCGGGAGGAGUAAGGGCGGUAAGCUGGGCGAGCAAAUGAAACACUGCGACGCCAUCCUGAAGGAGAUGCUCUCUAAGAAACACGCCGCCUACGCCUGGCCCUUCUACAAGCCGGUGGAUGCGGAGGCCCUGGAGCUGCACGACUAUCACGACAUCAUCAAGCACCCCAUGGACCUCAGCACCGGCCGGAAAAAGAUGGAUAAAGGAGAGUACAGUGACCCUCAAAGUUUUGCGACUGAUGUCAGGUUAAUGUUCUCCAACUGUUACAAGUACAACCCUCCAGACCACGAGGUGGUGGCCAUGGCCCGCAAGCUGCAGGACGUGUUUGAGAUGCGUUUCGCUAAGAUCCCAGAUGAGGGCCUGGAAGCAUCGGCCCCGUCUACAACACCAUUGGUCAGUAAAAGCACCGCCUCCUCUGACAGCAGCAACAACUCCUCCUCCGACGAAUCGUCCGACUCAGAGGAGGAGCGAGCCACGCGAUUGGCUGAGCUACAGGAGCAGGUUGGUGCUGCCGACCAAUCACAGUUGAAGGCGGUGCACGAGCAGCUGGCCGUCCUGUCCCAGGCUCCUGUCAGCAAGCCAAAGAAGAAGAAAGAGAAGAAAGACAAGGAGAAGAAGAAAGAUAAAGACAAAGGGAAUAAGAGCAAGAUGGAAGAAGAGAAGAAGCCCAAAGCUGCUGCUCAGCAGCCAAAACCAGCCAAUCAGAAGAAGGCGCCAGCCAGGAAAGCCAACAGCACGGUGACCGCCACGAGGCAACCUAAGAAAGGCAGUAAGGCGUCGGGUGGUGGCUCGGCUAACGGUGACGAUGGCGAGGAGUCAUCUCUGCCGAUGUCGUACGACGAGAAGCGCCAGCUGAGUCUAGACAUAAACCGGCUGCCGGGGGAGAAGCUGGGCCGCGUCGUCCACAUCAUCCAGUCCAGAGAGCCAUCGCUGAGGGACUCGAACCCUGACGAGAUCGAGAUCGACUUCGAAACCCUUAAACCCUCCACACUUCGAGAGCUGGAGCGCUACGUCAAAUCCUGCCUUCAGAAGAAGCAGAGAAAGCUACUGCAAAAGGCAGCCGGAGGCGGGGCGUCGGGAGGCGGGGCUAAUCGCUUGAGUGGCAGCUCCUCUUCCUCCUCUGAUGACAGUUCCUCAACAGGAACCUCAUCUUCCUCCGACACAGACUGAACAUACGGAUUUACAAACUCACAGUACACACACAUGUUACUGAACACACACACUGAUCACACACACAGAGGUUUAUCCACUCUAUACACACACACAGCUCAAUCUAUCCAGUUAACACAUGCAGAUAUACACUAACACACACAUCCAUGUAAACUUCCAUCCUGAAAAAACCCAAACAAAAGACAGAGAUACACUCUCUGAACUUCUUACAACACACACACACACACACACGUAUAUAUAAGAACAUUACACACACCCAGACUUGGAGACUGUAUGUAAAUAGGCUGCCAGGUUUUUUAGCUCCUAGUGUCGUUAUUUUUUUUAUUUUAAUUUUUUUUCCUGGAGGAAUGCCGACAGAUGGAAGAGAAGAAGAAGAAGAAAGGAGGGAGAGGAGGAGGUGAGGCGGGUUGUCUCUCUAGGAGUCGUACUGAUCUUCUCUGAACAGCUUUCUUGUUCUUGGCUGGCCGGCUGUGACCCCUGACCUCUGAAAACAUUCCAGAAGCAUCUAUAGAGCAUCAUGAGGGGGAGGGGGGGGGUCUUAGUGGUUUUACGUCAAUCAAGGUUUCUGAUCGAUCGUAAGUUGAAUUUGGUCUUUGCGGCUUGACGGCCUACGAGACACACAGGAGCCAAUCGGAGUCCUUCCUUGGUCCUGAACCUCAUGAAGCUGUUUGACGGUCUGAAGACUAUCUGAUGGAUCAGGUUCCUGUUCUGAAGACGGUGUGAAGGAUCAGGGUCACGUCUGAUGGAUCAGGUUCACGUCUGAAGACGAUCUGAUGGAUCAGGUUCACGUCUGAUGGAUCAGGUUCUCGUCUGAUGGAUCAGGUUCUCGUCUGAUGGAUCAGGUUCACGUCUGAUGGAUCAGGUUCUCGUCUGAUGGAUCAGGUUCACGUCUGAAGACGGUCUAAAGGAUCAGGUUCACGUCUGAUGGUUCAGGUUCUCGUCUGAUGGAUCAGGUUCUCGUCUGAUGGAUCAGGUUCACGUCUGAUGGAUCAGGUUCUCGUCUGAUGGAUCAGGUUCACGUCUGAAGACGGUCUAAAGGAUCAGGUUCACGUCUGAAGGUUCAGGUUCUCGUCUGAAGGAUCAAGUUCACGUCUGAAGACGUCUGAUGGAUCAGGUUCACAUCUGAUGGAUCAGGUUCACGUCUGAAGACGAUCUGAAGGAUCAGGUUCACGUCCGAUGGAUCAGGUUCAUGUCCGAUGGAUCAGGUCUGAUGGAUCAGGUCUUGUCUCUGUAGGUCUCACGUUGUCCUUAAAGACCAUGAACUCUUUAAAUGAACCCGUUGGCCUCGUGGACACGUUUCAUGUGUAAGAGACGUCUGAUCGGUUGUUAUUGAGGUUGUUGUUAUUAUUAUUAUUAUUAUUAUUAUUAUUAUUAUUAUUACAAUCAUGAACCGGUUUUCAAAGUAAAAGUCUGAUGGAUGAUUUUCUAAAAACAAAAGUAAAAUCCCUGAGACCAGACCCGGUCCUCUGCUGGUUCUGCAACCCAAACUCACAACCUACUGGACCCCCCUCCCCCACUCCC